AGUUAAUGCCAAAUACAAUUGUUCAUGUUAGUUCAUGGUGCAUGUUCAAUGUUUUUAAAAAUAUUAGUAAAUACUGAAAAUAAAGAUUAACAAAUGCAGACAUGUAAUCUAAUGCUUAACUAAUGUUAACAAAUGCAACGGUGUAAAGUGUUAAAAAUAUAUUAGUAUUCUAUUGCAAUUCCAUCAGUAAAGCAUAUGACAGAUCUAUGAGUUUGAAAUGCACAUUAAAAUUGUAUUCAUAUAAUGAGAUGAAACGUCUUAUUAUGGCUUAAAUAGUUUCAUAAUAAUGAGAUGGGUCCAUAGUUUUGUAAAGUCUAGUUAACUGAGGUUGUGCAGGGCAAAUAGGGCACCCCUCUGUUAUAAAUCGUUUUAAUUACUUUAUGACUAACAUAACAUCAUUUUAAUGUCAAAUUCUUAAAUGUAAAUCUAAGAGACAGUUUAAUGCAGCUCACAGGCCAUGAAUCCAUGAAUGGUAUAUCUGCAAGGUAUCAUCUUAAUUUAGCAUUUACAUUUUGCCAGAGAUCUCAACGUCAGAAAUGAAAUAACUAUCUAAACGCAGUUUGUCCCUUCACGCGUCCCGUAGUUCGGUUGUUUUAACUUUGUUUAUUAGUUAGCAGAAUGUUUUCAUUUUUUAUUUACAUGGAUGGAUUUAACAGUGUUUGCGUAUUAUUUACAAGAACCGCUUAUGGCCACAGAACGGGAAAUAUUAGAAAUAAACUCUAUAUUACCUGUUUUUAUUCAGAGAUGUCUGCAGAACACAACACUUUUCAUAACACGUUUUUUGUAAAAGCAAAGAAAGUGUAACAACAACAACAGCUAGUAGACUCUACUGCAUCUACCUGUCGAUGAACCGAUCUGUCGUCUUCAGUGAGCGGACACAGACUGUGAGGAGCGAGCGUCAAAUGGAUAACGCGGAGUGGAAUCAUAUAGCGGUGUAUUCAGAGAACGUUUUUCGCGGGGAUGUGAAUCCUCUCUACUCUACUUCGGCUACCAAAGGGCGCCAGCUUGUGAGGGCAAAUGGGCAGCGGCUCAAGCCACAGUGCCACCCAGUGAACGCGUUCCGGCUCCCGUCGGUCCGCGAGUUUCAAAGAAGAAAUAAAACCGGAGGGUGGCGGCCUGGCGGGAGAUGGUGACAGGGGAACGCUCCAGAGGAGAACACUCACAUGCCUGUUCAUAUUGACAUGGAUGAGUUCUUUGAACAGGUGGAAGAGAUUCAAGGAUUCAUCAACUCACUGGCUGAGAAAGUAGAAGAAAUCAAGAGAAAACACAGCACCAUUCUGGCAUCUCCAACUCCAGACGAGAAAACAAAAGCUGAACUAGAGGAGCUGAUGACAGACAUCAAGACGCUGGCUAAUAAAGUACACUUCAAGUUAAAGAAUAUGCAGCAGAGCGUAGAGCAGGAGGAGACCGUGAAUGUGAGGAUACGUGAAACACAGCACUCCAUCCUGUCACGGAAAUUUGUUGAAGUGAUGUGCGAGUACAAUGCCACGCAGUCAGACUACAGGGAGCGCUGUAAAGGACGGAUCCAGAGACAGCUGGAGAUCACGGGACGAAAUACGAGUGAUGUGGAGCUGGAGAGCAUGUUGGAAAGAGACAAUCCAUCCGUCUUCACGUCAGGGGUCAUCAUAGAGUCCAGUGUGACUGAAGAGGCUGUGAAGGAGAUGAAGAUGAGACACAGUGAAAUUAUCCGGCUGGAGAAAAGCCUGCGAGAGCUGCACGACAUGUUCAUGGACAUGAUGAUGCUGGUGGAGAGUCAGGGCGAGUUAAUGAAUAAUAUAGAGAAGAAUGUAUGCAGUGCUCAGGAUUAUGUGUUGAAGGCCAAAGAAGAAACCAAAGCAGCUGUGAAAAUGAAGAAGACAAACAGGAUGGUGAGAAACACCACAGCCAAUCCACUCAACUCUUCUUUUUUCCUUUUUCUGCUGCUUUCCAUCUCCCAUUGGAGAUGAUAGAUAGAGUAUGUGGAGCACUCAGUGGAUUACGUUUGGAAGGCAGUUUCAGGCAUGAAGAAAGCCAAUGACUGAAUCACUGCCGGCUGUCUACUCUGCAUGUGUCAUGUUGAUGUCAAUGAGCAGGCAAAACAGCAGAUCUAAACGCAGGAAAACUUUACUAAAUGACAUAGAAAACCCUACAACGACACGGAAGGAAACCACACAUAACACCUACAACAACUAACAGCACACAAGUGAAACACAAGUACAAUAUACUGUAUAUACACAGGGGAGAUUAGCGUAACAAGAUAACAAGGGGGCGUGGUAAAUGGAAACACCUGGGGAACCUAAUCAACAUCGAAAACUAUAAAAAACUACAAAGCAUGACAUAAACAGCAAAUAACUAAUAUGUCCACAAACAAGGAAUACAUAGCAGAUGGAAUACAUAACAGCAUGAGGGGUAGUCUCUUCUUUCUCAUUAUAGUGUAAUAAACCCUCUCCAGAUGAUAUUCAAGAUAUGACAUGUCUCACAGCUGCCAAGCAAUAAUAAUCUUAUUCUGUUCUUGAGUUACUGCAAGACAAACGCAAAAAAAUAAAACUAUUUGAUUCGGAAGUUUCCCUGGUGCAUGGAGGGAUAAUAUGCCAGUACUGUGUCUUCUGACAAGAACAGACAGGAAAUGAGAAUCGGGCAAAACCAACCAUAGUUUUUUUUACAUAUUUACAAGCGGGUUGGCCUCAAAAUAGCAUUUCUUCAUCCAGGCUGAGAUAUCUCAAAUGCAUUUUGGGAUGUCAACAGGCCGGAGCAACACACUAUAAAUCAAAGUUAGGUUGUUUUGAGAACAUGAGGGGGCUAAACCCUGAACCCUGAGGAACCAUUCCAAUAAUGUAAUAACAGCAAGGUCUGUAUUUUGAUAUACUGUGGGAUAAUAGAAUCUGGAGACUGUAUAUUCCUAUAAAUUAGAAAUGUCUAGAAAUGGAUGUCUGGAACUUAGACUAAGUAAAGAGGUAUAAAUGAUUGUACUAAAAGUCAUUAGUAAUAUGGCAUAAGGCAUCUUUCAUAUGCAGGAUUGAAAAGUAACAUGUUUGGAAAACAAUGCAGUUUCUGUGUAGCAUUUGCCAUCCCAUUUUUUUGUGCAAAAUACUAAAGUUACAGUAUAACAUAGAGCAGAGGUCCCCAACCACCAGGUCACAACCCAGUACCCAGAAAAAAUGUGUAUAGUAGCUGCGUAAUAGCACUAUAUUAGUUAUCGUGGGUUUUGCCCUCUAAGAGCCACAAUCCACAUUUACAUACAGUAGUAGGCGUGACUCCUACAGACAACCUCGCUUACACUUUUCUGCCAGGACUGUCUCACUUCCAGCGCGUCCGAGAUCACAGAGUUUGAACACAUUUCCAAAACACAAUCAAUCCAAGAAUUGCACAGAAAUUGCUCCAUGAAUCAUUUGCUAAUGUACGUCGCUAAUCAUAAGUGUUGCUGUAUGAAGAGGAUCGAAAUGCAAAGGGCUGAAACAUAUGUUUUUGACAUCACCCCCUCAGGCUUCUGAAAAACAAAGAUGGAAUUAUCCAGCGUAAACAUCCAUUAAAACGCUACUGUCGGACCUUAUCCACCCAAAUUCCCCAAGCCUCCACCCCCCGGUUCUCAGACAAAAUUUAAACCCAAAACAGGUCCGUGGUGUAUAAAGGGUUUUGGGGAACCCUGACAACUAAAUGAAUGCUGUGUUUUGUCAUUUUAAAAGCAUACAGAAAACAAAUAGUGUGAAUUGAACACUAUUUCUCCUCACAGAAAUUGAUGCUGAUAGGGGCUUGUGUGGCUGUUUGUCUACUCACAGUCAUCAUCGCAUUAGCCAUUGGACUGAGCUAAGCAGCAGUUCUUCUUCAGCCAUUCCAACAUAUUCAUCCACACAUGAAGAAACCAUUUACAAUAUUUCAUACAGUUUAACGUUUACAGCUUUCCUGUUUUUGCGUACUGUAUGUGAGCUAUGUGCUAUCAAAAUCAGCUUCACUUGCUUUUUCAUGUAUCCUGUGUGUUUUACAAAGCACUUUCGAUUCAGUUUGAUGUAUAUAGCGCUUUACAGUUUUCAUUGUUGCAAAGCAGAUUUACAUACAUUAUAAUUAAUAAUAACAGAUGUAAAAUCAAAUAAAGACAA